UGAUAUCACGAGGGCUAUGUUCCAAGUAUGGACGAGCAUAUGGCAAUUGCACUAUUGAGUUGUGGCUACCAAUCUGUUUCAACCAUGUCCUUAAUUGGAAUGGGAGAGUUGGCAACCAAAGAGGCCUUUGAUUGGGUGUCUAGUUAUCCUUUGAUUGUUCAUGCUUCAUCAGUGGUUUGCAGGCUCAUGGAUGACAUGGCUGGCCACAAGCAUGAGCAAGAAAGAGGUCACCUAGCCUCCUCAAUUGAAUGCUACAUGAAACAAUAUGGUGCAACAGAAGAAGAGGCUAUUGUUGAAUUCCAGAAACGAGUUACAAAUGCAUGGAAGGACAUGAACUCAGAGUGCCUCCACCCAACCCCUAUCCCGAUGCCUCUUCUCCAGCUACCUCUCAACCUUGCACGAAUUAUUUAUGUUUUAUACAAUGGUGGAGAUAAUUACACCCAUUCUGGAACCAAGCUCAAGGGAUUUGUGACCUUAGUACUCGUUGAUUCUGUGCCAACUUGAAAUCUCUCUCGCAAAGAUUGAGUCCAAAGAUCAAGUAAUCUUAUGUAUGCUUUCCAUUGCUUAAAGAAAUAAAAGAGUCUUCAAAACUAUGGCCUUGCCUUUGAUGAAACAUGCAUGCAUUCAGUGGAAUGCAUGUUUUUGUUCAUCUUAAAGCUAGGUUAGGAAUCCUCUCUAUUUAUCGUAUACAAUG